UUACCGCCUGCUGCUGGCGGCACCGCGUUAAACACAACACAUCCGUGUGUCUGUACAAGUCUCGGAGACGUUACGAGCGGAGUUGUGACUUUCAGACAGUUUCUCUCUGGACCAUGUCUUCUACCGUGACCCUGACGGACAUGAGGCGGAAUGUGGAGCAGCUGAGACUGCAAGCCGGUGUGCAGAGAAUAAAGGUGUCUCAGGCCGCAGCCGAGCUACAACAAUACUGCCUUCAAAAUGCCCCAAAAGAUGCCCUCCUGGUCGGCGUGCCAACAGGCAGCAACCCUUUCCGAGAACCGCGCUCAUGUUCUAUCUUUUAAGCAGAAGAGAUCGUGUUGGAGGAUUCCUGGAUAUAUCACGGUGAAACGACGCAGCACAAACAUUGUCUGUUUAUUAAUGGAUUAUUGCAUCACACGAUUAGAGCAUGUUGGGAAAUAUUUUACAGUAACACAACACGAAUAAUCCUGCACUCAUACUUAAAUACGAUCUAAAAACGAAGAGCUAACCGUAACGACAACGUGAGAGUUGGUACACAGCAGUUAUUUCAUUUACAGUCUACGUGCUCAGGGUUCCUCAGGAAGGCUGAACGGUUCAAAACGAUGCACGUUUAAUUCAUAUCCUUUCCUAUAGAGUGUGUUUGAUUUGAUUUAGUUUUUAUGCACACGUGUAAUGUAAAGUUAUGUUGUGUGUGACAUCUAAAACCUCCCAGGACUGUCAUGGAACUUUCCUGAAUUGUGCCAAAUGCAAAUGUUAGUUCACAUAAAUUUUUUUUUUGUUUUAUAAUAAUAACAAUUGUUAUUUUGGACUUUUGUGGUUCUGUUAAAUUGUUUUUUAUUAUUAUUAUUAUUAUUAUUUAAUUAAGAAUUCAUUUCUGAACGUUCCUAGAGAGAGAGCAGAAUGCCACCUUGGUGCCUUAUAAGACCAAUGUUCUUCGAUCGAGAGCUAUUCAAGAUUUGUCAUGUAUGAUUUGCGUAUAAAUACACUAAAGGAAUCUAAUACGAA